AUGUCUAAGAUAGUUUCAAGAAGUGAUGAGGAAAAGAUGAUUGCACCUUGUUAUCAGUUGACUAGGUUACAUGGCCAGAAAGCUGCAGAUGAGUCAGUGAAGAAAUCUGAGAGCAGAAGCUUAAAAGAUUCAGAUGUGACUGCAGAGAGAUUUAAACAGAAAGAUACAGAUGCAGAGGCAGCAACUGAAGAUGAGAUGAAGUCAGUAGCUCAGAUAGAAGUGAAAGUGAAGUCAGCAGUGAAAGACAUUCAUGAGAAGAAAGAUGAAGAGAAACUGAAGCUGACUGAAGUAGAUAAACAGUGA